UGUAUUCAUCCAACGGUUUUCAAUACGGUGAUUUAUGUUUUAUUUAACUGGCAAUUGAAAUCAAAAAAAUAAUCCAGGAUUUGGUUCAAAUCAUUUGUAUUACAAAGAACACAUAGUUUUUUUAAGUUAUUAUUAUUUAUUGUAUGUUAAAGGUUAUUAAAUUUAAGAUACUUAUAAAAAUGAGUACUAAAUCUAAGCAAAAAAAAAUGGGCGAAUACGUCACAUCUACCAAAGAUAAUCAGAAGAAACGUCCUAAUGAUGCUAAAGAUGAUUCUGAGGCUAAAAAAUUAAAGUCUAAUCAGGCUGAAUUAUGUCAAAUUAAUUUUAAUUGUGAAAGAAAAACUUCAAAUGACAAAACCUGGAAUAAAAAAAUUGUAUCAUGGAAUGUUGCUGGGUUACGAGCAUGGAUUAAGAAAGAUGUAAUUGGUUAUAUCAAAAAAGAAGAUCCUGAUAUUUUAUGUUUACAAGAGACUAAAUGUAUAGAGAAACAAAUACCAGAAGAAGCCAAACUAGAAGGCUAUAAAUUUUAUCUUAAUACAGCUGAAAAAGCUGGUUACUCAGGUGUAGCCUUGUAUUCCAAAGAGAAACCAAUAAAUGUACGUAUGGGUAAAGAAAUCAAAGAAUUGAAUGACACUGAAGGUCGAGUUAUAGAAGCUGAAUAUGAAAAAUUCAUUCUUGUUGGCACUUAUAUUCCUAAUUCUGGCCAAGGAUUAAAGACAUUACCAAAACGCAUGAAAUGGGAUGAAGAAUUCAGAAAUUAUUUAAAAAAAUUAGAUUUGAAAAAACCAGUAAUUCUUAUGGGAGAUCUCAAUGUAGCACAUAAAGAAAUUGAUCUCAAAAAUCCAGCUACUAACAAAAAAACUGCUGGAUUUACUCAAGAAGAAAGAGACAAUAUGUCAUUAUUACUUGAUCAAGGUUUUAUUGAUACAUUUAGGUUCAUUAAUCCAGACGUAGAAGGAGCAUACACAUUUUGGACUUAUUUUAACAAUGCAAGAGCCAAAAAUGUUGGAUGGAGGAUUGAUUACUUUAUUGUAUCUAAAAGAUUCAUGGAUAAUGUAUGUGAUAAUGUCAUUAGAAGUCAAGUAUUGGGUAGUGAUCAUUGUCCUAUUGUUCUGUACAUAAAUGUUUAAAUCAAAAAUCAUUUUUUUAUUUUUAAUUGUGUAUUUUGUUUAAUUUAAAAAAUUAUUUGUUUUUAAGUGUAUCCUUUUGUUUGCUUUAAUGUAUUUAAUUUGGUUUUCAAGUAUAAAAUUAAAUUAUUAUGUGUAUUAUGAUUAUUAAUUUAUUAUUACUAAUAAAUUAUUCAAUGUUCAUUUAGAUAGUUUAAAAAUGAAAUUUUUUGUUAACGCCAACAUUAUUCUCAGUAUAUAUAUUUAAUUGAUGUAUUAUUUUAUAGCUUGUAAACAAUAUAAUUUAUUUAUUUGUCAUUGUAGCCAAUAUAUUAAAUGGAAAAGAAAUUAUAAAAUGAAAUUUAA